AUGAUGUAUGCGCUGCUUUUUGCGUGUAUGUCGGGCGCGACAGCACUCGUGGUCCGUACGCCAGCGACGAGGCUUUCUUUUCAGGAAUUUCGAAAGACGCUGCCUAGCAAUUUCAAUGUUGUACAAAGCGGUGGCUGGUAUGCGUUGGAGCAGACUGCGACAGCGAAACUAGCUGCAAGAAACUUUGCCAAGCUUCGACCCGAUUUGCCGCCGACAUUCGAUGUCGAGGAGGUGCAAGGCGGUUGGUCCACAAUGGAAACCUUAGCGGCCGACCCCAAAGGUGCUUUGGUCCAAAUUGUAGCAAGUUUGAAUCGGAAGGGCGAGACGGCAGCGACAGUUUCGGCUGAUUAUUUAGACGCUAUACUGGCCUUGCUACGAGCUCAAGGGAAAGGUUUCGACUCGAAUUUGGUAGACGGUGAAUGGCUGUUGGUCAUGCAAAAGCAAGGUUCCAAAAGUCCGCGUUUUCAAAAGCUAGUAGGCAAAGGUGAAAAACCGGGCAAAUCCUAUUCGGAUUUUGAUGUAGGACACGGUACAUUCAGCGGAACAGUAAAACUGCUGAAAGGUCUCGGUCUGGUAUCGAGUACGGUUCAGUACCGACCCGUUGCCGACAAUUUCGACCGUACUACUGUUGGAGGAGGCCAGCCGGGCAUCGUGUUGCGACGGAUUUCUUGUGAUAUUGUAGACGCCUCCGUCAAGGUCUGGAAGCUGCCUAAACUUUCCCUGCGAUUUUUGCGGAAAAAGGGUGGAUACUUGGACUUUGUGUACCUCGAUCGAGAUCUACGAGUGACCACCGGGAAUCGGGGAGGUGUAUUUAUACACGCGCGGCCCUCGUUUGUCACCACUAUGCUGUCCUAA